AUGACAGAAGAAGAUGAAGAUUCAAUGGCGGAAUCUUCUACUCUCAUGUCGAAAGCUAAGGAACUUGAUUACGUUCUCGAACAACUCUUCAGCGAAACAGAAGAACAACAAACAGCGAAAGCAAUUUACGACUCGUGGUUUAUCAAUGACCCUAUUCUCUUAACUCAAAUGCUUCUCAAAGUUUAUCAAUCUUCUUCUUCAAGAGACGUAAUCAGAUUCCGAUCAAUCUAUCUCCUCUCCGAAACUCUCACCGGAUUAAGAACUCGCGGCUUCGAACUCUCUCCGUUAGCUCUCGAAGAAAUCAAACCCCUUGUAAUCUCUUGCUUGAGAUCGCCAAAAGCUAAAGAAUCUGACUCCAAGAUCCUCCGAAUCAUCGUCUCUUUCGUCGCUUACAACAAUGUUGCUAAUGGUGGAUGGGAUUGGGACGAGCUUAGUGAUUGUAUACUCUCAGUUGCAGAUACCGAUCCGUUAAGAGCUUUCAAUGUGUUUCUCGGUUUGCCACCACGAGUCGAUACUGGAUUUAUCAGACGAUUCUUGUCGAAAAUCAUCGAGAAAGCGGAGUUGUUCGUAAUGUCGAAUUUUGAGCUAGAUAGAGAAGAGGAUUGGAUAUUGGCUUCAGAGACUCUUGUGAAAUUAGGGAUUCAGGUCUUGAAUUCAGGAACGAGAAGGAAGAUUCUUGAGAUUGUUCUCAAGUCAGUAGAUGAGUUAGUGAGGAAGAAGAGAAUGUUAGAGUCUUCUCUAACACGACGGCUUCAAGAACUCGGGAAGUUCUUAGCGCAAGAUUCGAAGCUGUGUGUAUACAAUGACCAAGAAAGUGCGUUUGUGUCGAAGUUAGGUGCGGAACUGGCGAAUCGCGGUUUGAAAUUCUGCCCGUUUCUCGUUGAAUCGGAGGUGAUUAAAGAUCAUGGACGUCAAUGGUACAAGUUUUUGAGUUCCUUGUCACCUUUGGAGAUCUUUGGAAUGGUAAAGGAGCUUGAAGGUUCGGCGUUAGAGGUCGCAAUGAGAAGACUCAAUGUUUUACUUACACUUAACACUUUGAAAAAGGCGUUAAUCGACAUUUCAGUGAUCAGGAAACUCCAGCCAUUGCUUAUCUCUUGCCUAAAGAAAGAAGGAAUCCCUGAAAACACGUUUAAGAUACUCAGCGAGGUCGUGAACCACGUUGCAAUGGAGAUAUUCAAUGUUCAGGAAGACGAAUGGAUGGAACUACGCGAUUACAUUACAUCGUAUUGUCAAACAGAGUUCAGUAGAGGAUGUUAUAUCUUCACAUGCUUAACAAUGGCACUAGAUGAUCAACAUUUUGUGAUUCCUGUGAUUGAGAAUCUUCUUCCUGAGAUAAGGACUAGGCUAGACCCACAAAGAGGACUAUUGGUAGAUAACAUUUGCUGGGUCUUGGCGUUUAAAGGCGCUUUCUGCUUGAUGAUUCAGAUGACAGAGAUCACAAGCCACACUGAAACUGUGAGAGAGAUUGAAAAUAUGAUGAUUGAAUCAGUGAGAAAGCUUGUGGUAAGAAGAAUGGAAGUUGGUCUUGUGAGGAGAGCUUUUAGAGAUCUGGACAGAAUCGUCGAUGAACAGUUGAACUGGUAUAGUAUAAAUGAAUUCACAUUGGUUACACGUCUGCUUCAGAGGCUCUUAGCAAUCGAAGGCAUGAGAACGGGUAGUAAGACUGUGUUGGACAGAAUCAUGGGUACAUUGUUUUUGGUGGAGAUCAAGAUCACUGGAUUGUGA